UUAUGAUGUGCCCCUAUUCAAAGACAGCUGAUGGCUUUGAGAUGCACUUUGGAGUCAACCAUCUUGGACACUUUCUUUUGACCUUCCUGCUAAUAGAGCGCCUGAAACAGAGUGCACCAGCUCGUAUUAUCAAUGUAUCUUCAUGGGCUCAUCGUUUUGGGAAGAUUUGCUUCGAUGAUCUUCAGGGGGAAAGGUUCUACAUUCGGGGCCUGGCAUACUGUCAUAGCAAGCUGGCCAAUAUUCUCUUUACACAGGAGUUGGCUAAACGUCUGCAAGGUGAGCUGGAAGUUUGCAGUGCCUUUAGUUGA